UGUUUGGUUGUCAUAGAAGUCAACGGUUUACUCUUCAACCCCAAAUCCGUUCACAGAGAGAGAGAGAGAGGAAACCAAAAAACCCUAAUCCAUUCGGUAACUUGAGAGAUCUUCUUCUGUUCUCCAAUGUCGUCAACACCACCAACUGGCUACACCACAAUCCCACCGUCCACCUCACCCACAUCCACCUCCACCGUCGACUUCAUCUCUCGCACCACCCACAUCCGCCAAUCACUCGCUGCCGCUCUACGCCCAUGGCGAGAACUCCUCCAUCCCUCCGCCCUCAGCCUCCCCUUCUCCUUCUCCGAAGCUACCUACCGUCUUAGGAUUAAUCUCUACCAAUUUCGCGUCAACUACACUAUCAUCGCUUUGCUCGUACUCUUCUUGAGUCUCUUGUAUCACCCCAUCUCUAUGAUUGUCUUCUUGAUCACAUUCGUUGGAUGGAUGUAUCUCUACAUCUUUCGCGACGAGCCUUUAUUGGUUCUCAAUCGAACGGUCGAUGAUCGGGUGGUUCUUGUUGGGAUGUCUUUGGUUACCAUCUUUGCCCUAAUUCUGACUCAUGUGUGGUUGAAUGUCUUCGUUGCUGUUGCGAUUGGGGCUUCGGUUGUUUGCCUUCAUGCCGCGUUUAGGGCUAUUGAUGAUAUUGAUGAUCAAGAAUCGCCGUACGGAGCGCUGUUUUCGGUUGUCGACAGUGCUGAUGGAGAGUAUAGCCCAGUUUGAUUGAAUCGCGGAGUGUUUCGGAUGGUGAAUUUGGGUCACAUGAACUGAAAGGAUGGUGAAUUAGGUUUGUACGUGAUUGUAGAUUUGGGAUAAUUCUUGCAUUCUUGCAGUUUUUUGUUAUAUACAAUUGAAUGUCUACAACAUUUCAACAUAAUUGAAUGUCUACAACAUUUUAGCAUC